AAUUCUUUUUUAUUGUGAUUCAAUCUUCCGAAAAUGUCCAACCUUCCAGUGUGUUUUCUUCAAAAAAAAAAAAAAUCUCGAAACAUUGUUCAUCAAGACGCGUGCACCGAGUAUCUUCUUUCUCUUUCUUCUCAUAAACAACGAACGAAUGUUCGAAUUAAUUGUAAAACAUAAUAAUAUAGCUCAUCAACGCCUAUUGGCCUAAUGAAUGUCAGGGACGAAAGCUUGGAGAGAGGUUGCGAUAAGAGCAUCCUGUAGGCGCCUAUUUAAUCUAAUUUUGUUCACGAUAAUUCAUCCGGAUUUCCCGCAUCUUUUGUCACCCAUCCUCUUCUCUCUCGUCUCGAUCACAUUUAACUCACAUCGCUCGUUAUAUCCAACUCAUCGAGCACGAUCGUGCAGGUUUCGAAGGUGCGACGCGAAAAAGUCGGGACGAAUAUGAUCCGAGCGAAGUCGAGACGAUUAAUUAAUAAAUUGCAGUCGAUGCUGACGUACAAUGGUUGUGGCGGAGGCACGAUAGAAACGGAGAACGGUUCUCCGGCAGACUCGCUAUUGUCCGGUGAAGGAGAACUGGCGGAGGAAGUCGGCGAUUCCCCAGGCACGUCGAGGGACACGGAGGAGGAAGCGACGCUCUCGGAUGAAUUUUAUUCUCAUGACACCGACGAGGAAGAGGAGCAAGGAAAGAAACGGCGAGAUCGAAACAAUUCCCUAGAUGGUAUUUCGUCUUCCGGAGGUGGUCUUCUUGGCUCGCCUACAUCUCGAGUAGGGACUCUGGGUGUUCGAAAAUUGUUCACGAACAGUCGUGAACGUUGGAGGCAGCAAAAUGUUAGCGGAGCUUUCGCCGAGCUUAGAAAAUUAGUCCCUACACAUCCACCGGACAAGAAAUUGUCGAAGAACGAGAUCUUGCGUAUGGCGAUUAAGUACAUACAGCUGCUAAGCAACGUUUUGGAAUGGCAAAAGGCGCAAGAGCGAAACGAGGGGAUGCAACACGAGGUCAGGAUAAAGUGCGAGCCCAAUCUGAACGGUCAAAAUUCAACGAGCCAUCACGGAAAAUCGGCAGUAUACUUGAAGCAAGAGAAACAAAUGAACGAAAAUCAGGCAUAUAAACCGAGCUUCACCAGCCAGAAACAAUUACAGCAUACGAUUUCUCACAUUGUGUGUGAUAAAAAUGGUAAUAACUUGUUAAUGAUAGCGCCUUCUGGCCAUAAUGUACCGAAUUCUGUUUGCAAAAAAAGUAUAACACCAUCAAUGACCGUUGCGCAAAAUUCUCUUACGGCGAAUCCAUUGAGCAACGGAAGCCUAACGCGACCCCCUGGCUCACGAUCUUCGAUUUUUCCAAAGUCGUCUCAGAUAAACGUACAGGUUGUAAGUAGCUCGAGUAUUUUGACUUGUUCAAGUGUGCCUGUAACGAGCAACGCAUCCACCAUUACCGGAAGUGUAGCAAAUUGCGGGCAGAAGAGGGUGUCGAAGAUCGAGAAGGAGGAAGAGGAUCAAAUGUCCGGGCAAAGUAGAGAUUGCAAAGGUUUGCCAUCUCCGGUGCACGGUGUGCUCACUAGGAAAAGAGUGAAGGUGACGUUCGUUAAAGAGUCGAGUUCAGGGUUUCGAAACGUGGAGAGGAAGUAAGGACGUGCAUAUGAAUUCUUAGGUAUAAUUCUUUUCGAUCAAUAGAAAUUGUUUCUAACGAGAAAUGAUCGAUCGAAUAUAAAGUAGUUUAUAAUUUUAAGAGAGAAGUUCAAUUUUGAGACUUCCUGUUGUAAAAAAAUUAAACUUUAUUUGUUCAUUAUUUGAUUUAAGAGAGCUGAUUUAAUAUUGCAUAAUAUUUUAACAAUGCAAUCUUAGUUAGAUCGAAUAGUUUUAUUGAAUAAUUUUAUAGAUUGAGUGAUAGAGUCUAAGAAUCUUUAACUUAAUGUUCCUUUGUAAUUAAUCAUUCUUAAAGAAUAUUUUUAUUAGUUAUUGAAUCGUAUUACAUGAUUUGUAUGUACGGCACAUUAGGUAUAUUUUUUUAGCUACACUUUCAUAAUUUAUGUUCAAUUGUACGUCCUUUCAAUCGAUCAAACAUUAUUUAUCGAAAAUUUCGGUUCAAACUUUGCACGAGAUAGCGAUACAUGCAUUCCUUUCGUAAUCAUAAUCGAAUGAUUCAACAAUGUCGCUACAAAUUAUACAAUGAUCCUUUAUAUAUAAAAUAUCAUCUCCGUACAACACACAUAUUAAAUUUGACACUGAACAAAAGGGAAGGAUUUUGGGUGCUCGUUAAACUUUCGAUUACGUGUAACAUUUGAUUAAAAUAAUUGCCUCGGUAACGAUCACAGGCUAACGAAAUAAAUGAUCCAUGAAAAUUCACCAAACGCA